AUGAAUUAAUCAAAUCUCUUGUACCAACAAAACAAUUUUUCUCCAAUACAAGAGUUAUAAGCCAUAAAUGAAUUGGAGUACGAAUAAGAAUACUUGAAUACUGGUUUAAGAGGGACAUUCAACAGUCCAAACUUUGUGAUAAAGUCGCAAUUAGACACUCGCAGGACAAAUGAGGUUGAUUACUAUUCUAAAUAGGCCUUACUUCCAGAAUGGACAAAAAGAGCUUAGCGUACUGGUGUUAGUUUGAUGGCAUUCUUCUUUGUGAAACGGUUUGUAUAAAAAAUACGUAGUCAUCGAUAAAAAUUACAAAAUAUAAACGAAAACCAUCUUUAGUUGAUUGAUGAUCAGGGAUCUGAUAAGUAAAUAAACAAACAACCUUAGUUAGGUCAUGCUAACUUAAAUGAAAUUUGCAAGUCCAGUAUUUUAAAUUCGUAAUGUCUCUCGACUUUUUCGGUAGCACACAUUAGUGAAACCUGACAAUCCUGUCUAUGUAUCGAUAAAAGAGAAGUACUAAAUGUUAAGGAAAUACGGUUAUGAAAAACUAUCAAAGAUUCCUCAGUUCCAUCCUGAAAGUCCUAAGAAGCUAAUGUGGGACUACUUUAUAACUUUAAUUAGAUUGAUAUUAUUGGUAUUAAUACCUCUUGAGAUUGCUUAUGCUCCUGGUGUUUUAUUUGAAUAAAUUCUACCACUCACUACUUUACUCUCAUCUUUAUUACUUUUUGAUGUAAUAAUAAGAUUAAAUACAAUAUGUUAUGUAAAAGGACAUGCUGUCUUAGAUCGCUUCGAAAUAGUUAGGCAAUAAAUAUUAAGCGUAAUAUUUGUAGAUGUAUUAACUCUAAUUCCCCUUUUUUAUUAUUGUAUUUAGAAGUAAGAAUAAAUAUCAAAUUACUAUCUAAUAAUCUUGCUUACUUCCUUAAUGCAAUUCAAGCAUAUUAGUGAAGUAAUUUAAAAAAGCGAGGAAUCACAAUAUUUCAGUAAAUCCUAGAAAGGGAUCAUCAGCCUAUUGAAGCUUAUUUUAACUCUCAUGUAUAUAUUACAUAUGUUUUCAUGCAUUUGGUAUUUCAAUUCUAAGUUGAGUCUCGAAGACUCUUGGAUUCAAUUCAAAUAUUUAGAUUAACAAACAUGGCAAGUUCAAUAUUUAGAAGCCUUCUAUUUUGCAAUUGUUACUAUGCUUACUAUUGGAUACGGAGAUAAUGUACCUAAAAGUUACAAUGAAAAGAUAGUAGCAAUCUUUUUCAUAAUGGGAGCAUGUUUGUGGUUUAGUUACAGUGUCAAUACUAUUGGUAUCAUUAUUAAAGAAAUCAAUCAAAAUAUGGUUGAAAGGAUUAAGAAAAUUAGAGUCAUUAAUAGAUAUAUGCAUAAAAGAAAUAUUCCUUAUGGAUUAUAAUACAGGUAAUUACAUCUUAAUAGAUUUUAGAAUUAGAGAGUAUCUAAACUUUAGAUGGAAAGAAGAAGCUGAAAUAGAUCUUUAAUAAGAAGAAUAACUCUUGGCUGAAUUAUCAGAAGAAUUGAAGUAGGAGUUAAGGCAAUAAUCAAAUAGUGUAUUUUUUAGUCAUUGCUCCUUUUUAUCCAGUAAUUUUAGCCUAGAAUUUUAGAAUGCCUUAUCUUGUCACAUUACUCGUACAAUUAUACAACCAUAAAACACCUUUUCCAUCUUUACUCUAGGCAAUUUUAAGUAACCACAUCUCUGCUUUGUUGAAUAAGGCCAAUUAUAAUAUCUUAACAGACAUCGUCACUCACUUAAAGGAAUUCAAUGCUAAGGAUAAUUCCUCUAAGUUUAAGAUUUUGUCUCUGAAAAUGAAAACACUCAAAUUUUCUAAGCUAUUGGUUAUGUUAGUCUUUUAACUCUUAGUAAAGUAUUUCAGAUGUUUAUUAUUAGAUCGAUUUUCUUUCAGUGUUAAACAACUUUCCAAAAGAUUAUUAGUAUUAUUGUUAACUUAAAGACAAUAUCAAAUUGAGUAUUUAAAAGAAAUAAUUACCUUACGGAGUCUAUUGUGCAGCUUGUAAACUAUCUGAUCAUGAUCUCAUUGGAUGUCCUUAACUCAAACUCACAAUAGAUCGAGAAGUUGUAAUCAAAAGGCAUUUGUACUCUAAGCCUCAAGAUAGAAAUGAAUACAAAAGAUCAUAAAAAAGAAGUAAAGAUCUCUUUCAAACAUUAACUGAUUUAGAAAUCAUAGAAUAAUUUGCACUCUAUUUUUAGAACGAAAAAUAAAAAUUAAUCAAAUCAUAAUUGCAACAAUAGUUAGUAUUUGAAUAAGAAGCUGAUGAAAAUCCUAUAAAAUCUGAUGAAAAUAUUUCUGGUCGUCCUAACUAUGAUCAAUAAUAAAUUCUUUUAAGAAAAUAAGAUUCAAUUCUACUUUCAUAAAAUUUUUCUUCUUCUAACAAUUUACCACCCUAACCUAUUAGUCCAAUUAACAGUAUGGUUCAUUCUCAAAAUAAUCGGCGAAAAUAAGGAAUAAUGGAUUCUUAAAGCUCCUAUGAUUAUAAUCUUUCAGUCAAAAGAGGUUAAAAUCAAUAUGAUUUUGAUCUUAAACCUCCUCCCUUUAAUAAGUAUACAACUGCAAAAUUAUCAAUGUAUAAAAAGAAUUAUUUGAGCAAAUAUUAAUAAUAAUAACCUUAAGAGUCUUAAUUAGAUGUUGAAUAAAAUUAGUAAACAGAUUUUAAUGAAAUGAUGCAACAGUAAAUUGAAUAACUCUAUUUAAAAAUGAGAAAAUCAACUAUUAAUGAAUAACUUGAUAAUUUUAAGUCUAUUUUAGAUAUUGAAAUGCUUUAUCUCAAAUUUAAAUCAGAAUAGGGAUUGGAUUAAUUUGAAAUAGUUAAGAAUUAUGAUUUAUAUAUGGUAAGUCAUAAUAUCAAUAAGGUUUUACAAGAAUUAAGAAACAGAUCUAUUAGCCAAUUUAAUUAUAUGAAUAAACUUAUUUACUAUAUGUAUUACCCAUUUGAGUAUGUUAUGAAAUUUUAAAAACUUUAACAAAGAGAACGAUCACUAAAAAUAAUUAAAAAUCCUCCUCGUAAGCCAGGUCUAUCAAUAUCCAAAAUUGUUGAGCUUAAAAAUGUAUUUUAAAGAAAACGUUUUACUCCUAGAAGAAGUAUUAAAAUUAAUUAAGUAAAUCCUGAUGCUGAAGCAUGAC